AUGGAUCCCUUGAUAUAUGAUAUUCAGGUCGAGCGAGGGCUCCACAGACCAGAUGUUGCAAUGGACACUCUCCAACGUGCCGCCUCGCUGGUCAAGCCUAUAAUGCGAGCCCAUAAUUUCAAGGUAGGAUUGUUGGCAGAGUUUCUACCAAAAGAAAGAGGCCUUCUUGGUCUCAACACCGGAGGCGGGAGGACUAUCCAUGUCCGCCUUCGCCAUGCCACGGACCCAACUCAGUUCUUCACAUUCCAGAUGAUCAUGGAUACUGUGCUCCACGAGCUCUCCCACAACCGGUUUGGCCCGCACGACGCGAAUUUCCACGCACUAUGGGACCAACUCCGCGAUGAGUACUAUGCUCUCAUGCAGAGUGGCUUCACUGGCGGUGCCUUCCUGAGCCAUGGUCAUCUCCUUAGCCGCCAGGAUGAAGCGCGGCGUAUUGCACGUGCUGCUAUCACAGAUAGCCGCAAGAAACUACCAUUGACAGUAAACCGGAAGCUAAUUGAGGCGGGUCCCAAACCAGGUGUUGAUGCCCGGAGUAGGCUUACAGGUGCAUUUGGGAGGAUGCAGAUUGCCCAGGGGUGUGGCUGCAAUAUGCCAAAGUCGGAGCAGAAGGCUCUCGUGGCUGCAGCGGGUGUUAACGUGAUAAAGUCCAGGGUAGAAAAGGACGACGCCAACGAGAUUGCCAUCCAGGAAGCACUGUGGGAGCUAGCUCAGGAGGAUAGAGCGUCGUCUUCAAAGCCAGAAGGUGCAUCAUAUGGCUCAGCAGCUGGCAAAGGCGGAAGUCUGUCUACAAACCGCCCCUUGUCAUCUUACACAUAUGACGCCUCAUCUAAGUCCUCAAAGCCCUACGACUCAGACUCAGACUCAGAAUACUCAGAAGGCCCUUCACUCUCCAAACCACCCCCACAAUACGUCCAGCUCGUCGACGAAGAGUUCUGGCAAUGCGAGACCUGCACGCUGAUCAACAAGGAAGAAGCCGUCUGCUGCGACGCAUGUGGCACCGCCCGGCCGGGUACAGAACCUCCCCCGAAAGCAAGUUCGAGCAAAGCUCCGACUAAGGCUACGGCGAAGAAGACAACAUAUAAAGCUCCACCUGCGAAGAGCUCGGCUCGGACUCGUCCGUCUUCGAGUCGUGCGGGACCGUCCAGGCAGGUUGCUAGAUCAGGGACCUGGCAGUGUGCUUGCAUUAUUGGCUGGACCAGAUAUGCAGGCUGUCAAGCAGCGGUGGAGGCAGCCAAUGCUGUGGACCAGUGGGAUGCACAGGAAUAUGAUGAAGAGUUAGUGGGCUUGCUCAGUGUAUGGGACGAUGAAGUCUACAGCCCGAUAAUCUGA